CAACGUUCGUUCGCUUCCCGGAAACGGAAUUUCAACGCCAACGUUUUCGCCAGCUCCAAAUGUUGGAAGAAGUAAACGAAGUUAAUCCAAUCGUAUAUGUCCGAUGAUAUCUCCCAGGAACACCCGAGAAACCCGAGAAGAAGGACUAGGCUCCAGUCCGAAUAUUCUCACCCGUGCUCUUUCACCCUGUCUCUUUCCCCUUCCUUCAAAAACCAGAGAGGGACCGUGAGACACCAUUGCGAUUACCAAUGAAGUUCUGGAAGAUCCUGAAGAGGCUGAUCGAUGAGGCACAGCCCGAUUGGCGUGACAAGUUCUUGUCCUACAAGGACUUGAAGAAGUGGCUCAAGCUCACUUACCCGAAAGACAGCAGCGUGCGCCAGGUCAAGCGCCUACGCCUGGAUUCCGUGGAGGCGGAAAAGGCAGUCGAAUUUGUGGAACUGUUGGAUGGCGAGAUCAACAAGAUCAAUGAGUUCUUCAUGGACCAAGAGGAAGGGCAUAUCGUCAAGUGGGAGGCAUUGCAAGAUCGGGUAGCAGAGGUCGAGGGCAUGGACAACAAGCUGAUGGAAGUGCAUAGAGAAAUAGUGGAUUUCCAUGGAGAAAUGAUUUUGCUGCAGAAUUACAGCGCUAUUAACUGCAUAGGGUUAGUGAAGAUAAUAAAGAAGUACGACAAGCGAAGCGGCGCGCUGAUCUGCUUGCCUUUCAUCCAGAAGGUUCUGCAACAGCCAUUUUGCAGGACAGAUGUGCUCAAAAAGUUUGUGAAGGAGUGCGACAUAAUACUCAAUCAACUUCCCUUCAAGAAUGACCACCAGAGGGUAAACUUCGAGGCAAAGUACGGCGAGACUGUGGCUGAUCCGAAAGAUAGCCUGGUUAGAGUUCCCAGUGAACUCGUUGGGAUCGAGAUCAUGGAGAGCGUGUACAAGAAGCUCACUUUAUCAGCUUUGCGUGUAUUUGAGGAGAUUCAGAGCAGGAGCUCAACAGUGAGCACGUUCUCGCUACCGCCUCUGCAUAAUAAUCAAAAGGGUGAAGAUUAGAAGAAUCACCCAUUUUGGUAUCACACAAGCUAAUUAGUGAUUUGGAAGGAUCCUUGGCUUCUUAUUAUGCAGUAUCUUUUCUCUUCCUGCUCGAAAGGUCUACUGAUGUCGAUGUUGGUUAUCCUUCUUCUUUUCCAGAGUCAGUUGGUGCUUCUUGUCCUAAAAUUAUCCUUGAACAAGCAGAAUAAAACAUUGAGCUUCUAGUGUGGAAUUUAAGCAAAAUAUUUUGUUUCA